AUGGGGGUGCGCAUCGGGUCCGCUCCGCCGGCGACGGCGCCGUCUUCGGAGCUCAAGGAUCGCGCGUCGCGCCUGCCCACACCCGGCGCGGCCUCCACGUCCCUCGAGGGCACCUACGGCCGCGAACUCGUGCACCGCAUCGUGGCGCACCUGCUGCACCUGCUCGGGUCGUUCGGGUUCGUCGGGCCCGCGAAGGUGACGGAGGGUCUGGACGUGAUGCUGGCGGACCCGGACGCGAUGCUCGGGGCGACGUUCGCGGCGUUCGAUGCGAACGGCGACGGCGCCAUCGACGCGACGGACCUCGCGACGACGCUGUCGCUCGCCCGGCCGUUCUUCGGGGUCCCGCACGCGGAAUUAGUAGCCAAGUUCGACGCGGUGCUGCGCGGCGCGGGAGGCCCGCGGGGGCCAAAGGCGAGGCACGGGAUCCGGCGGAGCGACCUCGACUCGGUGCUGAUGUACACGCCCGCGCUCGAGGCGUGGACGCUGACGCCGAUGCGCGCCACCGCGUCGUGGCUCCGCGGGCGCGCCGAGACCGAGGCGCACGCCGACGACGCCGGACGGAGGAGGAUGGGGCUCGCAGCGGCCCCCGAACAUCAAUCGCCGCCCCCGCCCCCGCCGCGGCUGCGACCCCCGCCGAACGGCGCGUCGCGGCGCGCGGAGCUCACGGGCGCGACGAGCCGCCGCGAACCCGCCGUGGUCGCGCCCGCGAUGCGAUCGAUGGCCGCGCACAGCUGUGCGACGGCGAAAAAUGCGAGACGGUCCGAACUCAUCAAGCCGCGGGGGCCCCAGGACGAUGACGACGACGAUGACGGGGAGGAGGACGGGGGUGCCCACCGGGGUGCCCAUCGGGGUGUUGAUGACUUUGACGACGGCGGGGACGGGGCGCGCGAGUGUUCCCCGGGAGACGGGGGUAAGGGCGGGUGGGUGGCGAACUGGGCAAAGACGGCGGCGGAGCAAUUUUUCAAAGCGGCGCCCAGAGCCGAGCAUCCCCGGCCGGAGUCGCCGAGCAUCCUGAAGCCCUCCGGGUCCUUCGUCGCGUUGAGGAUCGGGAGUGGCGACGAACUUAGGGACGAAAAGAACGGGGCGGGGCGGCGACGGUCGCGGCGGCGGUCGUCGGUGACGUGGGGCGACGACGACGAGGGUGCGGGCACGCCGGAGGGAACCGGAUAUAUAAACGGAGGAAACGGAGGUGAAGACGAGGCGGACGCGAAGGAUCGGUCCGGCGAUCGAUGGGGGGUCCGAUCGAGGACCGGGGACGGCGACGAUUCGUCUUCUCACGCGUCUCUCCGAGCGAUGCACUUGAAGCUGUCGAACGCCGCUCCGGGAUCGUCAGACGUCUCGUCCACGCUGGGCGGCGGGAGCCAGAGCGCGCUCAGCGCCUCCUUGGGGGCUUCCUCUUUGGCGGGUGCCGACGGUACGCACGGUGCCGCGAAGGCGAUGGAGACGCGCGCGCGGAGAUUGAACCGCGAGGGGGGCGACGGAACCAAAGAUUCCGAGAUUGACCGACCGACGACGGAAGCAUCCGUCGGAACGUCCGGAGCAAUGCUCACAUGCCGCACGAUGCUCACCGAGGAGCUCACCGAGGAGGAGCGCGUCGCGCGCGAGGAGGAGAAGGAACGGGUCAUCGAGCAGAAGAUGCGCGAGGAGAUCGAGGCGAAGCAGCUCGCGUCGCUCACGGGUAAGGCGCACCAGAAGGAGUGGAACUACGCCAUGUACGAGAACAGGAAGCGGCGAAUACCGAGAAAUCUGGUCAAGCCGCCGCUGUACGCGUCCAUCGAACGAGCCGCGUACGAGAAGUUCAUGGAGGACGAGGAGAGGCGGGAGAGAAGGGAGGCUCUGGGCUUGUUCGAUUGA